CACUUCUAAAUUUCGUUCAUCCUCAGUCUCAGUCUCUUUCUUUCGUCUUCCGUACAUUUACUUUGUUUCUCCCUCCCCCACCCGCCUUUUGACUUGCAUAUCACUUCAUUUCCAUUACUAUCCUCUCAAUGCAAAUCUCGACGCCGGUCGCCCUGUCCGCACGCGACAAGUGGUUUGCGCUCGCCAUGUACGCGCUGCUCUGGUUUGUCGCGGCGCCGCUUUCCUUCGUCCUUGUGCUCCUUGCGUGGUGGGUCGCCGAUUUGACAGGUGUUCUUGUGCUCGUGCUGCUCUACCUGCCAUUCCGCCUCGACGGCGCAAGCACGCGCGCAGCAGGCCGCAUGUCCAAAUGGUUUACAGAGCAUCGCGUUGCAAAGCUGUGGGCGGCGUACUUUCCAAUGCGACUGGCAGUGACCGCUCCGUUGCCAGUGGACAAGGGACAACGAUACAUUAUGGCAUUGUAUCCGCACGGCACAAUCCCACUGCAUGCACAACUGGCCUUGCUGUUUGAUGGCUGCGAUCGCUCCAAGUUGUUACCAGGACUGGAUUUGCGCGUGCUCUCUGUCUCACCCAACUUUCUGCUGCCGUUCUGGCGGGAAAUCUUCCUGGCAUCGGGUGCAGUUGAAGCUAGUGCGCAUGUUGCAACCGCAGUGCUCGAGUCGGGGAGAAGCGUGCUCGUGCUACCGGGCGGCGUGGCCGAAAUGCUAAAGUCGCGACCUGGCCCCGCUUACGGCAUUAUCGCCAAGCACCGGAAGGGCUAUGUUCGCCUUGCACUGGAACAAGGUGCCGCGCUGGUCCCCACGUUCGCCUUUGGUGCCAACGAGUUUAUCUUGCAAUCGCGCAAUAAAACCCUCAAGGCAAUCAACACUUGGAUUGCAAAGCGCGCUGCGUGCUUUGUGCCGCUGUACUAUGGACGCUGGAAUACGCUCGUUCCGUUUGCUCACCCUGUUACCGUCAUCACGGGCACUCCAAUCCCUGUGGAGCGUGUCGCAUCGCCGACUCAAGCCCAAGUCGAUGCUUUGCAUCAGCAGUUCCUCGCCGCGCUCCGUGAGCUUUUCGAGACCCACAAGAGCCAAUUCGGCACUCCCAACGACGAGUUGAUUUUCAUGUAGAUGGCUCGCGUCGUGUCUGCUACUCAUCCAACCAAAAGUCUAAACAUUGCUUGAUUUUUUUGUGUUUUUGUUCGAUUUGUGCUUUUUCUCCCCGGUUUUUGUUGAAAAUUUUUACCCCACUUCCAUUAAAC